GAAACCGCCCAAUCCAUUCGGCAUAAAAGGAGUGAAGCUGGGUUGGUUUGCCCAUUUUCGCAAGGACAAAGCGAUUUACUAGUCUCUUCCCAGAUUUUCCUGCACUACUGAAGCAAAUACAACAUGAGUGGCGCCAAUAACGAUGCCACUUCGCCUUCCUUCCUCUCCGACAAAUCGGCCAAGAUCUUCGUAGCCGGCCACCGCGGCCUCGUCGGCUCCGCCAUCGUCCGCAAGCUCCUAGCCCUAGGCUUCACCAACCUCGUCCUCCGCACCCACGCCGAGCUCGACCUCACCCGCCAAGCCGACGUCGAGUCCUUCUUCGCCGCCGAGAAACCCCGAUUCGUGAUCCUCGCCGCCGCUAAAGUCGGCGGCAUUCACGCCAACAACACCUACCCGGCGGAUUUCAUUGCCGUCAAUCUCCAGAUCCAAACCAACGUCAUCGACGCCGCCUACCGAUUCGGAGUCAAGAAGCUCUUGUUCCUCGGCUCCUCCUGCAUUUACCCCAAAUUCGCUCCUCAGCCCAUCCCGGAGAACGCAUUGCUGACGGGCCCGCUCGAGCCCACGAACGAGUGGUACGCCAUUGCCAAGAUCGCCGGGAUCAAGAUGUGCCAGGCGUAUCGGAUUCAGUACAAUUGGGAUGCAAUUUCUGGGAUGCCCACCAAUUUGUACGGGCCGCAUGAUAACUUUCACCCCGAAAAUUCGCACGUUUUGCCGGCACUGAUGAGGCGGUUUCAUGAGGCAAAGGUGAAGGGUGCGGAGGAGGUGGUGGUGUGGGGGACCGGAAGCCCCUUGAGGGAGUUUUUGCAUGUCGAUGAUUUGGCGGAUGGGGUGGUGUUCAUGAUGGAGAGUUACAGUGGGUUGGAGCAUGUCAAUGUGGGGAGUGGCAAGGAAGUGACUAUCAAGGAGUUGGCUGAGCUUGUCAAGGAGGUUGUUGGGUUCGGGGGACGACUUGUCUGGGACUCUACUAAGCCGGAUGGAACUCCGAGGAAGCUCAUGGAUAGCUCAAAGCUCGCAGGCUUGGGAUGGACACCGAAGAUCUCGCUGAAAGAUGGGCUUGUUGAUACUUAUAGCUGGUACUUGGAGAAUGUCAAGCAGUGAUAGUGCAGGUGAUUCCAUUGCAUUAGAUUUCGUUUUUGUUAUCAUCCUUAAAUUGUUAUUGUUCUUAGUUACAUGUAAAAUGAGGAGCCUAGCCUACCUUGGAUGUUGAUUCUGUAUCGAUUAUGUCGAAUAAGUUAUCUGUGCAUUUGCUGCUACUAGAACCAAGUGAGCUAUUUGUAUUUACAGAUUGAACCAUUUUAGAUAAUUUAAUAUAUAUGUUUAAUAAAAUCUUCAUGUUAAUAGGA